AUGCAUCCUAAGAUGUAUUUUCCGUCUGUGGCUUUCCUCCUGCUCGCGGCCUCCGAAGUGUCAAAAUCUCAGACUACUUCCUGGUCUGGGACGAGCCACGUUAGCGACACGAUCGCACUGUCUUCUGCCAACACUGCAACAGAAAGAAGAAUGGAAACUGCAGUCAGUCAUGCCACUUCCCCUGCUGCAAAAACCACAAAUUUAAACAAGAACCAAACCACAGCAGGAAACAAGACGCCAACAGUUGUUCCAAGUUACAGCACAAAACGGCCUUCCACAAGUUCAGCCACACUGCGUCCCCUCGUCCCAGUGAAGCCUUGGGAUCCGACAUGGGACAAAGAUUUCACCUAUGAUUACCAGACUUUGCGUCACGUCGGCCUGUCCAUCGCAGCGGUCCUCUUCAUCGUGGGGAUAAUGGUCAUCGGCUGUGGAAAAGUUUGUAAAGUUCCCAGAUGUCAGAAAAGAGCAUCCAAGUCUUACCAAGUGGCCCAGGCAUGA